AUGGCCCUCCGCGUCCUCGCCCUCCCCUCCCACGCGCUCGCGGGCGCGCUCCCGCCCGUGGUCUGGACGCUGCGCUGCCUCCGCGCGCUCGACCUUUCCGGCAACCGCUUGCACGGCGAGAUCCCACCGUCCCUCGCCUGCGCCGCGCUACAGACCCUCGACCUCGCCCUCAACGGGUCCCUGCCCGCGGCCCUCGGCGUGCUCCCGGGGCUGCGCUGCCUCUCUCUCGCCUCCAACCGCCUCGGUGGCGCCAUCCCCGACGCGCUCGGGUCGCUCCCCGCGCUGCGGUUCCUCGACCUCUCCGGGAACCUCCUCGUCGGCGGCAUCCCCCGGAGCCUCGGCAACUACAGCGAACUCCAGGCGCUCCUGCUCUCCUCCAACCUGCUGUGCUGGACGACGUACAAAAGCAGCCACCAGCGCGGCCAGCGGCAACCACGAAAUCCGCGUAAUCCCAUUGAAAUAAUUUGUGGCUGCCACAAAAUCCCGUAA